ACCACAGAAAAAGAACAUGGGGCAAUCGCCCAAGGACAGCAGAUGCUUGCAUUGACGCUCUGUGGUUACAAGAAGCCCGGUCUCUCUGAGGAUGAUUAUCGUCAUUACAUGACUAAGGUUCACGCUCCUCUUGUCCAGGAUCUGAUGGAGAAGUAUGGUUUCGAGUCAUGGCCGAUGACUCACAAUACAUCGAAAACUAGACCGAUGAUGGCAAAAUUAUACGAUCCACAGUUCUCCAACAUCGCCGACUAUGAUGUUAUCGUUCAGAUUGUGUUCAAGGAUAUAGAGGACUUUGUCCGCAUGAAGGCCGAUCCAAUCUUCAUGAAGAAUGUCACUCCGGAUCAUGAGAACUUUGCCGAUACCAAACGAUCAAAAAUGACUAUUGGGUGGAUUUCUCAAUUCGUGAAAGACGGGAAAUCGCUCAAAUUCUGA